AAUUGAUGAAUGGGUUGAAGAGCUCGAAGAAAUUGAUACAGAUGGAGAGUUAUAUUAUUAUAACAUUAUUAGAAAUCUAUGCAAUUAUUUUGACAAUGAAUAUUAUAAUAAAGAAAUAGAGAAAGAAAUAGAAGAAGAAAUAGAAGAAAUAGAGAUAGAAGAAACAGAAAGAAGAAUACCAAGAGGAAGAACAAGAGGAAUAAGAAGAGAAAGAGAAAGAAAAGAAGAAGUAUCAAGAGAAAGACCAAGAUAA